CUUUUGACGGACAGCUGAACUGACCAAUGAGGUCAACGCUGCCUCGCGCUCAACCUACUGAGCUGACUAGCGGGUUAGCUAGCUGCCGACACAUACAGGUCCAGCUGCGAGGAAGCGACGGGAGGAAAGCAGCACAGAUGAGAUUCAGGAUUCACAAUAAAAUGUGCUGGAGCCGAGCCCUCCUCACUGGCUGGGCUCUGCUGCUGGUCCAGCUGCUGUGUUUGGAGGCUGUGCCCAUCAGUAUGGACAAGACUAAAGUCAAAGAGGAGGAGAAGAAAAAUGAAGAGCCACCAGCUAGUGUGGACACUGGACUCCACUACGACCGCUACCUCAGAGAAGUCAUCGAUUUUCUAGAGAAAGACCAGCACUUCAGAGAAAAGCUCCACAACACAGACAUGGAAGACAUCAAGCAAGGAAAGCUUGCCAAAGAGCUGGACUUUGUCAGCCAUCAUGUCAGAACCAAGCUGGAUGAGCUGAAGAGGCAGGAAGUAAACAGACUGCGGACUCUGAUUAAGGCCAAGCAAGACAUUGAAGGAGGGAAUGACAUAGCCGUGGACCACCAGGCUCUGCUGAAACAGUUCGAGUACUUGAACCACAUGAACCCACAUACAUUUGAGGUGGACGACCUGGAUCGGCUCAUUAAAUCGGCCACGAGCGAUCUGGAGAACUACGACAAAGAGAGACACGAUGAGUUCAAGAGGUAUGAGAUGAUGAAAGAGCACGACAGACGGGAACACCUGAAAGGUCUCGAUGAUGAUGAAAGAAAGAAAGAAGAGGAGCACUAUGAAGAGAUGAAGAAGAAGCAUGCUGAUCACCCGAAAGUCAACCACCCGGGUAGUCAAAAUCAACUGAAGGAGGUUUGGGAGGAAGCUGAUGGCUUGGACCCUGAAGAUUUUGACCCAAAGACUUUCUUCAACCUGCAUGACACCAAUGGAGACGGCUUCUUUGACGAACAGGAACUGGAGGCAUUAUUCACCAAAGAGCUGGAAAAAAUAUAUGACCCCACCAACGAAGAGGACGAUAUGGUGGAGAUGGAGGAGGAGAGGCUACGAAUGAGAGAGCACGUUAUGAAUGAGGUGGAUUCAAACAAAGACAGGCUGGUCUCUUUAGAUGAGUUCCUGGUUGCUACAAAGAAAAAAGAGUUCCUCGAGCCCGACAGCUGGGAGACCCUUGAGCAGAAUCAGGCUUACACAGACGAGGAGAUGAGGGAGUUCGAGGAGCAUCUUUCUCUGCAGGAACAGGACCUCCAGAUGAAGGCUGUUGACCUCCAGAAACAGAGAGACGAGCUGGAGAGACAACAGGAGCAGCUCAAUGACCAGAAAGUCGAGCUGCAAAUGGCUGUUGAGCAAAUGGAACGGCUGAAAUCACAGAAAGUACAACCCCCUCCUGAGGUUCACGUCGAAGGAAACGCUGUUCCAGAGGUAUAUGCACUAGAUAACCAGUUACAUCAUGAAGAAGACGCCCAACAAGCACAUCAGGCCGCACCUCCAGCUCCUCAAGACACACCUCAGGAACAUUAUGAACCUCAACAUCCAGACCUGGCCCAGCAUGGUCUCCCUCAAACACACCAGGAUCUGCCCCCAGGACACCAAGAAGCAGCACAAGGCCUGAAUAACCUGCCGUAACGUAUUAGCUAUCAGAACUCCAGUGACCAGACGUUCGCAGCAGUUUCCACCUCCGUGUGCAGAGGAACGGUCCCUCCUGAGUAGUUUGCCUCUUAACCAGCAUGACCUGGAGGUUUGGAGGACACUUGGGAUGAAAGAGAGCAGAACAAAAGGAACCCCCCGCUGUUGUCCUUGGAUCACAUAACAGAAUUGUAAUAAUUAAAUGAACAAUCAAGGACAUACUUCUUAAACUGUGCAAACUUUUACAAGCAAUGAAAACAGGAUUGUUUGGUAAUGCAGUUUUACAAAAAAAAAAAAACUGAAUUUUGUUGAGCUGUCUUCACCUGCUGUCUGCUUUUUGAAGUAAAGCACCUUUUAAGAUGAGCUACUGCCAGUGAGGCUGUUAAGGGAGUCGGGUGGAAACAGCAAGUUUUAUUUUGUUAUUUUGACUUUGAUUUUCUGACGUAAAGAGGCCCCUGAAAUCUCCCAAUCUUACACGUGUGAACUGUCCUGAAAUGAACUUUGCUGGACUGCAUCAUACAGUUGAAAAAAUUAGCUCAAGAGACAUAUAUUGAAAUUUUAUCAGCACAUAAAGGUCAAAUUAAGCUUUAUACAAAUUCCAACCAAUUACAAUGAAUCAAUUAACAGAGUUUAGUGCCCUAAUUGGAUGUUUCUUUUAAAUAUGAUGCAGAAAGUUGAGUAUCAUUUGAUCAUAAUCCACAAAACAGAUUUGCAGAACGUCUCAUGAGCUGCCGUCGUAAGCCGGUAUUAACGUCCUAAGAGCAGAAACGCCACCACGAAACCAGGUCACCCAGAGUCCUUCUACGUAAGUCAAGAAAUCAUUUUACAAGUACUUUCUUUGAGUCGGUCAUGGUUGCUGUCACACUCCGUAGCUGUAGAAAAUGCGUGUUCUGCCAAAACAAACGUCAGGUACAGGACCAGUAUUUGGGCCAUACCUCGGCACGUCUCCAGCUCCUCACUGACUUUAAUGUUAAAUUAAAAAAAUGAUCAUGAGUUCUUAAAAAUAACAAACUCUUUCCCCCUUCUUUGAUACCACUAAAGCCCCUCAGAUAGUUAUGAAAUAGGAGAUGUCUGACUAAACGUGGCCUCCGAAGUGUAAAUUUGCAUCGGUUCUCUUGAUUGGAUUUUGUUUUUCAUGCACAAAACGUGUAUGUAUGGAUUUAUUUAUAAGUUGAUCAUUAUGGAUCAUGAUUUUUAAUUUGUUUAUAGAUACAGUUUUGGUGUUAUAAAUUAAGAUGCAGGCUUUCUGGUGUCUUGCAUCAAAUAUUUGGUUGAAGGAACUAAUGGAUUUCAUAAGGUAGUUCAUGUCAUAUGAAGAAUUCAUUCAUGUCUUUUAUAGUCUAAGGUUUGAUUCUGUUGACGUUGUAUUUGGCACCAGAUGUCUGUAACUUGAUCUUACUUUGAAACCUCACAGCAUGGCUUAUUUUCCACAAGAAUGAGCGGGUUACAGUAGUCGCUGUACUUCCCAGGUUGAUUUUCUCAUGAGAUGUUGUGAUUUCUUUUGGUUUGCAUCCAGUGUUCAUCAUGUCUGCCUUAUUGUGGUUUUACUUUUUUUGAAAAGCAUACAUGGAGUUUUGUUUCCUGCAGAUUCAUUUGUUUUCUGUGUGCCAAGUGAUCCUUCGAGACCGUACUGCAUCAUAAUUUGCACAAAAUGUACAGAUGGCGUUUCUUGCUGCUGGAUAAAUUACAGUCAUUUUACAAAACUGUACACCUCAGUUUAAGACAAUAAAACAGAUAUGACCUUUCA